AUGACAACGAUCUCUGAUAUUCCGAGGGAUUUGAUAGAGGAGAUACUCUCUAGGGUUUCGAUAACUUCCAUCAGAGCGGUGAGAUCCACUUGCAAACGAUGGGAUGCUUUGUCCAAAGAUCAUAGCUUUACAAAGAAGCAUUGUGGUCUAGCAGCCAAGGAGUUUAUGAUGGGGAUCAUGACUUAUGAUAUUAGGGAUUGCUUAACGAACGUCAAUCUUCAUGGAAUUUAUAACCACAAAGAUGGCUUAUUUGAUUCAUCUAUAAAGCAAUUAGAUUAUCAUCAUCGCUGCGUGACUUUGAAGGGAAAUACGUACUUUGUCGCUUUUGCAAGAGGGGAAGUCGAUUUGGGAUAUUUUUUAGUCUGUUUUGAUUUCACAAGAGAGAGAUUUGGACCACGUCUGCGUCUACCGUUUCACUCUUGUGGUCCCGAUUCUGUGAUUAUAUCUACUGUCAGAGAAGAGCAGCUUGGAGUGUUAUUUAAGAAGGCUGCAGUUUACAUGAUAGAGAUAUGGGUUACAACUUACAACUAA